UCCGGCGCGAUCUGGCAUCUCUGGUACACCCUGAUGUAGGUGUCGGCAUAUUGUUCACAGUGACAGAUUUCCUAACCUGAACAUUCGCCAACUUUCAACUCAACAGUAUUUCUCGCCAGAUUCUUUCGUUUUAUGCACAACCGCAUCAAAUGAGAGUUGCUAUUUGAGGUGGAGUUCGUCAACUAAAUAAUUCGAAAAUAUAAUCGAAUUAUUGAAACUAAACUCGCGUAUUCACUCUGAUGAGUCGCUAAUGAUACGAAGGAAUGAUACACACAUAAUGUGAUGUGAACCUGUUUUUCUCUGACAGUAUUAUCGUAAAGUUCACCGACCCGUUGUAGGAGCGUGAAGAAUUACGAGGUCGAUGGAAACACGUGUGGAUUGUUCCAAACACAGCUGCUACGUGUAAACGAAUGGAAACAAAUUUUCCAUAACAUAUUGGCAGAGAAUUCGAAUGAAGGACGCGUGUGCUUUAAACACACAGACGUCAAUAUGUAAGCGCGUACCCUACACACAUGACUAACGACGUAUGUAUUUGUAGAAAAGUGCACGUACGUAAUAUUGCUGUGUGCAAUCACAGAUCUUUAGCCGCGAUGAAAAUUUCACGCUGUAUUGAGAAGGAAACAAACAUUAUGAGCUAAGGGAUUUUCUCGCGAACUACCUCUUCUAUUUUCUCGAGACUGCAAAAAAAGUAUAUAAUUGUGACAAUGACAACACCAAUGUGCGAAGAUGGGGGACCAUUAAGAGAAUGGGCACCACUGGCUACACUUUUACAACAGAUCCCAGCCAAGAUACAGACGGGAUUAUUUACACAAGAUAUCAAUUUUACUUGCAUUGCUGCUCUACCUGAGUUUAUUGCCAUUGGAACUAAUCACGGACUUGUUUAUUGGUACAACAGAGAAAAACAGGAUCUUCAGAGAUUACGUUGUGAGAACGUAAACUCCAAAAUUACAAGUGUGCAAGUAACAUCCACUGUUGAUUAUAUGGUUGCUGCUGGUUCAGAUCAUGGUGUUGUUACAGUCUUUCAAAUUCCCAAAAAUCUACCAGACUCAUUGCCAGACAGUUUAAAGCCAAAACAGAAAAAACAGGUUGAAAGAUACAGUAUAAGUGGUUUGCACAACACUGUGGUAACGGCGGUAGAAUGGUCUAAGAAUGGUAUGAAGUUAUUUAGUGGAGACAAAGAUGGUCUAGUGGUCUUAACAGAGAUUGAUUUUUAUAUGCACUUAUCUAAAUCAUCGAAAUUGUUGAAUGAAAAAUAUUCUGUGGUGCAAUUAAGUUAUCAGCAAGGUUUGCUAUUAGUUUCAACUACAUUACGUACAAUUUUGGUGAAUAGGAAUGAAAAUGGAAAAGUGACACAAGUUGGCCAAAAGGAACGCAAAACACUAGGUAAACUUGGCGCUGUGUUUGGUUCUCGACAAAAUUACGUUCAAGAACCAGUAAUCUAUGCAAGUAGGCCGGGACUGCGUUUAUGGCAGGCUGAUAAGGCUGGGACUGUACUGAAAACACUCAUAUUUAAGGAUGCGGUUAGAUCAGGUCAUACCGAAGUGGCGUUAUUAAAUCCCGCGCCCGAAGGAUCGAGAAAGAAUCGAAGUGAACCUUCGUUCGGCGUCGUAUUGCCAUUUUGUGAUGAUUUAUUAGUAACGUACUGUGAUGAUGUAGUUUAUGUAGUGAAUCCAAAUACUAUUGCAAUAACAUCGAUCGUGAAUGAUUUACGACACGUUACUGAUGUUGCUUGCACUAAAGAUGAAAUAUUCAUAUUAGAAGGACAAAGAAAUAUUUUACGAAUUGCCUAUUAUCCUGAAAAUAACAUUUCUACGUUAGGUGAAACAAAAAACACUCUGGACUCUUUAUCAUCGUUUGCCGAAUAUAGUAAACCUGUUACUAACGGUAUACUAGAAUUGACUUCGAAAUUAAAAGAAAGUAGUAUAGUUCCAGCUAUUCCGUUUUCUAAAAUCAAUCCAACCAACAUUAUUCAAACUGUAGGCAUUGUGCCACCUGUCACUGUUGGUACCGACGCCAAUGCAAUUGCGAACGCCGAAGAAGCUGUUGAAGUACCGCCAAUAGUUCCCAUAGACAUAAAUACUCCUCUCAUAACGGAUAUUAACACGAUAUUAGAACAUAACGACGCCAGCAAAAGAAGAAAUACAGAAGAUGCGAAGAGUAACGACCGACGAGAGAUAUUCCAAAAAAUUGGCCAACAGGAAUUCGAAGACGUCGUUUUUACACCUGAGAGAAAGCAGAAGAAAUCUCGUAGCAAAACGGCGAGUGGAAACGAUAACGAUCGUCUGUCGACCAGUCUAGGCGGUGAUCAAUUAAACGCCAACAAGACAACGAGAACUCACUCUUCCUUAAUGGAAUUGAGUUUCAAUGAUGAUUUCAUUCUGAAAUCGGAUCGAGAUUUGGAAACAAUUCAACGAGAUGUGGAGAACAAGGAGAAAUUGCUCGCGGAUGUUCUCGAUUUCGACUUGUCCAAGUAUAUGACGAGCAAUCGAAUCGAUAACAACGACUCGAGUAUAUCCAAUCGCAUGGACACGAUAACGUGCAUCACGUGCAAUGUACAUUCCAAUAACUCGAACGAAGAGCAAGAUAACACGAACGAAGAGAACGAAAAUAUCGAACAGAGCGAUUAUACUGCCGGAACGGAAUCGGGAGAGGAAGACGUUAGCUAUCGCACCGAAUUGAAGCGAUUAGAAGAUCUGGGCGAAUGUAGAAAAACUCUUUUACAAAGUAACUUGCUCGAUACGCCAGUUGAUAACACUCUCAUCGAUGUUCGACUGAUGUCAUCAAUGAAUCGAGACGAAUUGGAACAUCAGUUCAACACUCUGGCAAAGGAAUGUGCCACAUCCGCUGUUUUCGAAGAAGAGGAAGAUUGGGUUUUGGUCAAGGAUGAUAUACCAUCGAUGAUGUAAGAGAGAGAUCAGGUUUUGCCUCGGUUUUUUGUACAUAUAACAUGUCGAUUAGUAUACUAUUACUAACAGAUGAUAUAGUUUUAGAUAUAAUUACACGUGAUAUGUGCACACAUAACAGCGGCACAAUUUAGCUGCGAUCCAAAAUAUGCUCGCAGUGCUGUUAGCGCGUUCACGGUCGGGUCCGAUUUGCUUCGUGAGCUCCGUUUCUCAUGAGCGAAAUGACAUCACGAGCUCAUGCUCUCAUGCUCACAACGCUCAGUUUGAAGGUGAAUUACCGUGAUCAAUACGUCAUUUGUGUAGGAACGAGAACACAUUUGACAGAAAUAUUUCUGAUAUUUUCUUGUUAGAAAUUAUUAUAUAAACUGACAGAAUUACAAGAAGUUUUCAGUGGAAGUGUUGGGAAAGUGAUGAAAUUUUAUUUAACACAGCAGACACUGAAAGAGCAACUAUAGGUCUUUUGUUUAAUUUUCUUCUAUUUUUUCUCUAGAUAAAAAAUGUAAACAUGUUUUUUAUUUAUCUUUUUCAUCACUACUUAAAAAUAAAUAAAUUUUAAAUUUUAAAUCUUCAUCAUCAUUGUUCCCUUCAAAAUACAAUUUUUAUUAAUUUCAUAUUAACACUGCUGUAUUUUGAAUAUUUAUUAUUACAAUUAUCGCGAUUCUCACAAAAUGUUUACUGAUGUUUACAUAUAACACAGAUUAUGUGUGUUAUUUUACGAAUUACAUUCAUAAUAAGUACAGGCGGUCCGAAAUAAAAGCGCGUUUUGAGCGUUAAUGAAUCGAAUCGAUCGUGAGCGUUGUGAGCGUGUUUCAGACACAGCCUUUGUUAAAACAUUUUUUUUACUCCAAUUUUUUUUGAAACGUAUCUUAUACUGAUAGUGAAAAAGUAGAUUUUGACUUUUUUUUAUUGUUAUCAAUAAACGAUAAAUAAUUUUUUAGUAUUUCUCUGGCUUUCACUUUAUUUUUAUUGAAAAAUAAAUGAUUGCAAAGUAAUAUAUACACUUAAUCUUAAAAGAUGUGCAAUAUAUUUGAACAUUGUUCUAAGAUUGGAAGAGAAGUAAUCUGUUAUAGCGGGAUAGAGUAUUGUAUUUUGCAUCAGAUUACAAAUAUUAUGGAAAAUACUAGUCAUUAUUGUUUUGAUUUUAAUAUAAUCACAUCUAAUGUAAUUAAAAAAUACAACUUUUUACGAAUUGAUUGAAUAU